GCCGAGUAUAUGCAAGAUACCAAGGUUGUAUAUGGGUUUAUCUAGACAUACAACCAAACCGGUUUUCUGCGACAGGUGUGCAGACAAUCUCCAAAAUCAUACAUACAGCGAAGUUGCUGCGGUUAGCCUCCACCAGUGCGUGUUUCAUAUCGGAUCUCUGGCCGAAACCGCUCAUAUAGCGGUCAACAUCUCGACGAACUGGGUAGGAGAAAUGUGAAAGGGGCCAUCUUGUCUUGUUCUGGGUCACUGGGAAUGUGGGCCUGCCGAUGAUAUAUCGAUGUUUAAUUAGUGGUGGUAAGAAAUCGGCAAGGAUGCCAUCGUCAUGUUUUAAUGGAGAUGUCCACUAUGUUGAGUAGAUGAAACAAGAUCUCAGUCUUAUUGCGUUAAGUGAAGUUGCU